UGGGGUAAUGUUACCGCUGCUGCACCUUCACAUUCACCUACUUCAACUCUGACCAUAACAUAAAUCUAAUCCCAAUUCCGCAGUUGAUUGAGCAAUUUAGAAGAAUGUCUUUGUCGGCGUCGGAGAUCGCUCAGAAACUGAAUCUGGUACCUCAUCCAGAAGGUGGCUUUUACUUCGAAACAUUCCGAGAUCACUCCGUUCAGCUCUCCACCUCUCACCUUCCUCCCGAAUACAAAGUUGAUCGUCCCGUUUCAACUUGCAUAUAUUUUCUUCUUCCAUCUGGGAACAUGUCUCGCCUUCAUCGUAUCCCUUGUUCCGAAACCUGGCAUCAUUACAUCGGAGAACCCAUCACAGUGGUGGAAUUGAAUGAGACAGAUUCAAGUGUUAAGUUUACAUGUCUUGGAUCUGAUCUAACUAAGGAUCAGUCGCCGCAGUAUACGGUUCCUCCCAAUGUCUGGUUUGGUUCUUUUCCGACCAGUGAUUUUACUGUCUCUGCGGAUGGAUCGUUUUUGAAGGGUCCGGAAAGGGAUAGUGAGAGUCACUACUCACUUGUGGGAUGCACUUGCGCACCUGGUUUUCAGUUCCAGGAUUUUGAACUGGCUAAACGUUCUUACCUUGUGUCACGCUUUCCUCAAUUUGAGACUCUCGUCAGUACUCUCACAUUUCCUGAGUAAUGUUGCUGCUCCCUGAUUGCUUGGGUUUGGUUUGUAUUUUGUCUAGUUACUGAGUUUGUAGUACUUUCCAGAAUCGAAUAAGUAUCAUAGUUUAUACUUUUCCUUAUGAUGUUUAUGUAUGAUGAAUGAAUGCUCCUGAGACUGUUUUAUUGUAAUUUUUACAUGCUCUACUAGUAAGAAUUUAGAAACCUUGCAUUA